UUCAGCUUCAGAGACAGAGCCUGGGUCAGACUCCUCACUAUAACUCUAGGAUUGAGACCGUCCGAGCAAGAGCAGUGCGAGACCGGGUGCAGGUUUGCUGCAAGUAUGAUUAAGAAGAUGUCACCGUCGGAGAAUGACUUCGACAUUCCAGCCAAGAAUUGUCACAGGAUGGUGAUCCUGGGCUCCACUAAAGUUGGGAAGACAGCCAUCAUCUCUCGGUUUCUGAAUGAGAGAUUUGAUGACCAAUACACACCCACCAUUGAAGAUUUCCACCGGAAAUUUUACAGCAUUAGAGGGGACGUUUACCAGUUGGACAUCCUGGACACAUCUGGAAACCACCCCUUCCCUGCAAUGAGGAGGCUUUCAAUUCUCACUGGUGAUGUUUUCAUCUUAGUGUUCAGCCUGGACAACAGAGAUUCCUUUCAAGAGGUGCAGCGCCUGAAGCGCCAAAUCCACGAGACCAAGUCAUGCCUGCGAAACAAAACUAAGGAGAACGUGGACGUCCCGCUGGUCAUCUGCGGCAACAAGUGCGACAGAGACUUUUACCGGGAGGUGCAGGACGAGGAGAUUGAGCAGCUGGUUGGUGGAGAUGAACAGUGCGCAUACUUUGAAAUCUCAGCGAAGAAGAACACCAACGUCGACCAGAUGUUUCAGACUCUCUUUACCAUGGCCAAGCUGCCAAACGAAAUGAGUCCUGAUCGGCACUGCAAAGUUUCCCUGCAGUACUGCGACGUUCUCCACAGAAAGUCUUUCAGAAGCAAGAAGUGCAAAGAUGGGAACGCAUAUGGGAUUGUGGCACCGUUCGCACGAAGACCAAGCGUGCACAGUGACUUGAUGUACAUAAAGGAGAAAGCCAUCGGCGGCGGCCACGCCAAAGAAAAGGGCUGCGUAAUUUGCUGACCAUUUCUACGAGCGCAAAAAACUUUGUCCCCAUGUGACUAUGCGCAGCGCGUCUGCGACAAACUUUAGGCACUCUUGUCCAAUAUGAGCCAAGACAUGUAGUGAAAUCGAUGCUCUGAAAAUGCUGUAAAUCUGUUUCUACAUUUUGCUUUCUAUGCGCAGCACUAGAAGGUGAAAACCAAGUUUACAUGUUGCCUUUUUUUCAAACUUGAAUGUUUGCUGCAGAAUGAACAAAUGAACUCCAUGUGUAUAUUUAUUAUGUCCUUGUCCACUUUUGCAUAAAGAGAAAAUAAAAAAUAAAAAACUUGAUACUUUCAUA